AUGGAUUCCCUUGAAGCUUUCGAACGAGGCCGAGCUCUUCCUCCUGAGGCUCUAAAUCACGGCUCGCCCAUCAAUCCAUUCAAGGCGGAGAUCAUUCCGCUCAGGGUCGAGCCAUCCAUUCCCCAUGUCUGGCAAGGCUUUAACCGCUCAGCAGUCUUCUUCUUAGAUGAGCACCUUGUCUUAAAAGCUCAAAAGCAGUACCAUAUCCCCAAUGUCCCCUUACCGGGAGAUCGUGUGCUCCUAGAACUCGGGCUCGCCAACUUCACGGGUACACAGCUUGAACGGCAGGUCUUUACCAUCUUGCAAUCUUCGCCACAUCCUAACCUGGUUCGUUGCCUAGAUGUCCGCGGAGUCAAGGAUUCAGAUAUACUGGAAGGUAUACUGUUCUUCGAGAGACUUGAUCCACUGAGUACAGCCUUGGCUGAGUCCAAUAUGACUUGUCGACGACGCUCGGUUGUCGAGCUCGCUUCGGCCUUUGCGCAUCUCGAAUCGCUCGGGCUCAUACCCACGCAUGCAUGUGCCCAAGAUCUAGGGCUUGAUAAAAACGGACGACUUAAGCUGAUGGGGUUCGGCGCCUCGCCACGCCGUUCUUAUCCAGGAGUCCAGGGACAUGAAGAAACGGCCGCGGACGAGCCCAUUCCUAGUGCCGAGGUUAUACGCCAAAACAUAGGAAGUGCCCACCAGCGCCUCGCGUCUUGUCUACACUACAUCCUUACCGGUGUUGACCCGGAUGAGCAGGCUCAGCAACUGGGCGACGCACGUUAUAGCCAGACAGAAAGGAUCCAGUGGCGCGAAAAGGUCCGGCGCGGGGAGUACGCUAUCGCCCCUGGUGCAGAGCCAAUCGCGGGUAUUCUCCAGGAUGCCUGGACUCUGAGAACCACAACUGGUGACAAGGCUACGUCUUUCUCAGAGGUGGAACAGAUGAUUCGAGGCGCCCUUGGCCCCGUCGAUAUCGAGUAUGGCGGGGGACUUCAGCCAGUCAACAAUGUUGAUGUGGAAUUGAUUGAAGAGAGAUGUCGUGCGUGGCUCGGGGCGCAAGAGCGGGAGACGAAGUGGAUGGGAUGGAGGGAAUAUGAAGAGGCAGUCAGAGAGGCGACGGUCGACUAUAAUGCUUGA